AACAAGCGGCGCACACUCCCACUCACGUCGCUUGUUCCGAAAAGACUUCCUGCUGGCGUCCGCACUCUGGCUGUACGCAUACCAGGCUUCCCGCGACUUCGGUAUGGCGGACGUGCAUGUAGGCGACGCAAACGGGCCCGGGAACAGCACGGGUCAUGGCUCCACCCGGCACCCGCGGGCGUUCAGGCCAGAUGGAGAUGGACUUGCUCUCCCGCAUGCAAGCGUAAAUGGCGGCAGUGGUAGUGGCAGUGGCAGGACGAACAGGCCCGGGGAGCGAAGCGGGUCGUCCAAGUCGCACGGUAGUCAUCAUCGGCAGCCGGUACGCAUAGGGCAGUACACGGUGCAGCAGACGCUCGGUACGGGCAGCUUUGGCAAGGUGAAACUGGCGACGCAUUCGCUCACUGGACAUCGAGUGGCGAUGAAGAUCAUCAACCGCAACAAGAUCUCAUCCCUCGACAUGGGCGGGCGUGUGAAACGUGAGAUACAGUACCUCAAGCUCUUACGCCAUCCACAUAUCGUCAAGCUGUACGAGGUCAUCACCACACCCUCGGACAUCAUCAUGGUUAUCGAAUACGCAGGGGGAGAACUGUUCCAGUACAUCGUAGAUCGAGGGAGAAUGCCCGAGAACGAGGCGCGGCGCUUGUUCCAGCAGAUCAUUUGCGCCAUUGAGUACUGCCAUCGGCACAAGAUCGUACAUCGUGACCUGAAGCCCGAAAACCUCCUGCUGGAUGAAUACCUGAACGUCAAGAUCGGGGACUUUGGAUUGUCGAACAUCAUGACGGACGGCGAUUUUCUCAAGACCAGCUGUGGCAGUCCCAACUACGCUGCUCCUGAGGUCAUCUCUGGAAAAUUGUAUGCGGGGCCGGAGAUUGACAUUUGGAGCUGCGGCGUGAUCCUGUACGUGAUGCUCUGUGGGCGCCUGCCGUUCGAUGACGAGUACAUCCCGACGCUGUUCAAGAAGAUCAACAAUGGCAUCUACUCGAUUCCGUCGUACGUCUCGGCAGAGGCGAGGCAACUGCUGCAGAGUAUGCUCGUCGUCGAUCCCGUCAAGCGCAUCACUAUCGCAGAGAUCCGGCAGCUGCCAUGGUUCCAGAUGAAUCUACCCGGCUACUUGCAGCCCCUGCCUCCAACUCCCGCGGCCGAACCGAAAGGCUUUGACUUUGACGUGUCGCAGACGCAAGGCGGCGAAGUGGGCCAGGCGGUCGAUCCGAACAAGCCGCGUCGAAGCCUGCUCACAGCCGACCUGGGCCUUGUAGAGGAGGAGAUCGUUGACGAGUUGGCGGGAAAGAUGAUCGGCUUCUCGCGCGAGGACGUCACGUCGCAGCUUUGCGCGCCGGGCGAGAACCAGGUCAAAGUGGCGUACCAGCUGCUGCGCGAUCACCAGCGCAUGAUACAGAAUUCGCACUUGGAGGAGCAGAAGGAGAUGCAAGGUUUCCUGGCGCAGAGCCCCCCGCCCUGGAACGCAGGCCUGGACGAGGCCAUGUCCCGCUCGACGAGCAUCAAGCGGCGACCGACGGGGACAAGCGGCAGGUCGAGUCAUACGUCGCGGAGCUCGUCAGUUCAAGCGCCGGGUGCAGAGCCUGGUACGUCACUCCAGCAAGGUGCGACGGCGCAAGGCGAGAUGUCGGAAGAAGCGGAGCAGUCUGCUGACGCGGAGGACAACGCAACAGACGUCCUCUCUGGAUCCGACGACGAGCUGCUCACUGAAGACGAGACGAUCUUCACUGACGACGACGAUCUGGACGAGGUGCAGCGGGUGCAGACUGGCAUCGCACUAUUGGAAAGCAGCAUACCCGGCUCAGAGAGCUUUGUAGGCGAUGCCAAGGACUCGGCCGUGCCGCUGCCGACGCCGCAACCAAAGAAGGCACGAUCUAAGUGGCACUUCGGUAUUCGCAGCCGGAGUCCUCCGAUGGAGAUCAUGCUCGAGCUCUACCGGACGCUGCAGGUGCUCGGCAUGGAGUGGCGCUUACGUCCAGAGCUGGAGCAGACAAAACGGAAAGAGGGCAAAGAGGAGCAGCAGGGCCAGCAGAAAGGAGGGCAACGGCAGCAGCAGCACUCCGGCGGGUACGACGACGCGACCAAGGCUCAAGAGCUUUUCUUUCUCGAGACUCGAUGGAAUGUCGGCAAUGUGUUGGUCCGCAUGGAUCUGCAGCUAUAUCGCGUCGACGUCAACAACUACCUCGUCGACUUUCGCAACGUUGGAUACACCGUGCAGGACGAGGCGCGCUCCUCUUCUGCGGCAGCAGCGGCAGCGGUGACAGCUGCAGACGACGGUGAGGGCGAGGGAGUUGGAGAUGAAGACGACGAGGACAAGGACAAGGACCAGGGCCGGGAGAAGGCCAAGGAGAAGGACGGUAACAGCAAGCACGCAGUCAAAGACGCCGAGCAAUAUUCCCUAGGCGACAAGGUGCUCGAGGCGCUCGAGGCCGCAGCCAAGGAAGCCGAAGCUCGCGAGGAAAGCGCGCACAUCUCGGAAGCCGCCAAGCGUGAAAUCAGACGCAAUAUCAACCCGAAACCUAGUCUUGCGCCUGCAGUGCCGACUGGCCGUAAGGAAGUGUGUAGCCCAUUUUUGUUCCUCGAGUGUGCUACGCGGCUCAUCGUCGAACUUGCUGGUGGCGGCUGAUUGAAUCUGCUGUCGGUACUGCUCCCUUACCUGCAUCGCCGCGCUGCAUCGCACGACUACCCUGC